AUGGGCCUCUGUUCCAAACUAAGACUGGUGCGGAAGAAGAAAAAGACCAAUGGAUUGGGGAGAGGCGGCGUGUUUUCCUCUCCGACCGCAGGGCCACCAGCUUGUGUACCGACUAAAACUUCGUCGAUCCUGCCAACCACCGUACAGCCUCCCAAGCAGGCCAUGUUUUCUGCUCCACUGCCUCCAAAUGCCACUCCCGCCUCACCGGAACCCUCUACUCAGCCAACCGCUUCUGACCCGACCCCUCUUCCCCAGAGCGGCUUCGAACCGUGGACUCGGGCUUACGAGAUAUUGCAGACCCAAGAGCCCGAGUUAAUAGAAGACUACAAGAAGCACUUAGGCUCACUUCAACGUGAUGGUACAACUGAUGCAGACCUCUCAACUUCGCGGUCGGUUGAAUCAAUCGUGAAGCAGCUGUUAGACGAUCGGGAGAAGAAGCAGUGGCGAGUCUCACUACUGGGGAAGGAGGUAAAGAUACGGGAGCAGGCUGAGAGGUUGGCGAAGUUCCUCCUAUGGUCCGACCCGGUAGUCAGGAACGCUCUCAGCGCUCAGCCAUACGCAGCGUUGGCUUGGUCCGGUGUUUCAUUAGUUCUCCCCCUACUCACGAGUAGCACGACCAAAAAUGAAGCUAUGUUGAGAGGAUUCAAUUCGAUUGGCGAUGUCCAAGUCUACUGGGAUAUCUGCGAAAAGACGUAUCUCAAGUCCUCACAUCAACAAAGAUACCAAGAGCUUAUGGAACCCUUAGCCAAGCUCUAUUCGCACAUCAUUGAAUACCAGGCGCUCGUCAUAUGCCAUCUUUCUAGAGCUCAACUCUCCCGUGCGUGGCAGAACGUGGCUGGUUGGAAUGAUUGGGAUGGGAAAGCAGCAAAGAUUAAUGACUUGAGCAAACAAUGCAGUAGCUAUAUUUCUCCUCUUGAAGCAGAGGAAAUCCGCUGGAAUAGGGACAGUCAACUGCAAGAAAUGCAGGAGUCGCGGACCAUCCUCAAUGAAAUCCGGAUGGUUCUGGAAGCGGGCAGUAGACAGACGCGGAGGAACUAUGAAGACCAGAAGGAGCGAGACCUUCUUCAAGAUCUCGCAGCAGACUAUGAAGACUACAAAGACUUCAACCCUCCGAGGGUCGAAGGCACAUGCGAGUGGUUCUUUAAGGAUGACAGAUUCCGCAAAUGGCGGGACAGCAACACUUCUGGUCUCCUCUGGGUCUCUGCUGGCCCUGGUUGUGGAAAGUCAGUCUUGUCGCGGGCUCUGGUCGAUGAGCGGCGACUGUCUACGAAUGUCACAACGUCAACUAUCUGUUAUUUCUUUUUCAAGGACGGAGAUGAACGCCGCAUGUAUGCCACUAAUGCUUUGUGUGCAAUACUGCACCAGCUUUUCACACGUGACCCUGCUAGUGGCCUAAUUGGACAUGCACUUCCUAGCCAUAAGAACUAUGGCAAAGAUUUAGCCCGAAACUUUUCCGAGCUGUGGCGAAUCCUCAUAGCCUGCGCUGACUCACCAGAUACUGGAGAAAUUAUUUGCGUCCUUGAUGCCCUGGACGAAUGCAGUAUGGACAGCAGGCAGCAGUUAAUUGACAGGAUGAAGGAGUUCUAUUGCCAGCCCUGGCAUCUAUCUAAUCCGCUCUUGAAGCUCAAGUUCCUGAUCACUAGUCGCCCAUAUGACUACCUGGAGGCAUCUUUCAAAAGAUUCUCUAACACAACUGCGUAUCUGCGUUUUGACGGCGAUGAAAAGUCUGCACAAAUCAGCAAAGAGAUUAAUCUAGUCAUUGAUGCCAAAGUGUAUGAUAUUGCGCGUGAUUUCGAGGAGGGCGACCGGCGAAAGAUUUCCGAACAACUAAAGAGCAUGGAACACCGCACAUACCUCUGGUUAUAUCUCACAUUUGACAUCAUUGAGCAAAGUCCGAGUGAAUAUGGCAGGCGGUCUGAUAUGGAAGCACUCCUCUCUGAUCUGCCAUCCAAGGUAUCUCAAGCAUAUGAAAAGAUCCUGGGUCGGAGCAAGAACCAGAUUCAUACAGAGACUCUCCUACAGAUUGUUCUGGCUGCAACACGGCCUCUGACACUUGAUGAAGCUAACGCAGCCUUAACGCUAGCGUUGCAGAAGCAACCUUUUAUUUCUUACACUGACCUGGAGUCGAAUCUAUGGCCCAAAAAUGUCUUCGAGAGCACUGUGAAGAAUCUAUGCGGUCUCUUCAUCAGCGUCUAUGACUCGAAGUUGUCAUUUAUCCACCAGACAGCGAUGGAGUUCCUCAUCCAUCCUGAACGAAAAGGCGAAUGGCAAGGGCGGUUGAAUAUGUCAAAGUCGCACAGUAAGAUGUCACUGGUCUGCCUAGCAUAUUUAUCGUAUCUAGAUGAGCGGAGCCCAGUCAUGGAAAUCAAGGCACAGUUUCCGCUGGCGCAAUACUCCGCACGAUAUUGGAUGUAUCACGCAAGGCCUGCCGAGACUCAGAAGGACGUCCAAGAAGGCAUCUUGAACUUCUUCCAGCAAAGGGAAGCGUAUGCAGUCUGGGUGAAUCUUUUUAAGCAUGAUGAAAAAUUGCGGCGAUAUGGAAAGAUGGAAACUCCAUUAUACUACGCAUCCUUAGGAGGUCUCCGACAUACGGUACAAUUACUGAUAGAGAAAGGCGCCGAUGUGAAUACACAGGGGGGGUAUUACAGCAAUUCGCUCCAGGCUGCUUCUCACAAAGGCCACAAGGAGGUCGUGCAGCUGCUGCUAGAGGAAGGCGCUGAUGUAAAUGCGCAGGGGGGGUAUUACGGCAGUGCGCUCCAGGCUGCUUCUCACCAAGGCGACAAGGAGGUUGUGCAAUUGCUGCUAGAGAAAGGCGCUGAUGUGAAUGCGCAGGGGGGGUAUUACAGCAAUGCAAUCCAGGCUGCUUCUCGCCAAGGCAACAAGGAGAUCGUGCAGCUGCUGCUAGAGAAAGGUGCUGAUAUAAAUGUGCAGGGGGAUUAUUAUGGCAAUGCGCUCCAGGCUGCUUCUCGCCAUGGCCACAAGGAGGUCGUGUACCUGCUGCUAGAGAAAGGCGCUGAUGUGAAUGCACAGGGCGGCCGCUAUGGCAAUGCGCUCCAGGCUGCUUCUCACGAAGGCCAUAAGGAGGUCGUGCGGCUGCUGCUAGAGAAAGGCGCUGAUGUAAAUGCGCAGGGGGGGURUUACGGCAAUGCGCUCCAGGCUGCUUCUCGCCAAGGCGAUAAGGAGGUCGUGCAAUUGCUACUAGAGAAAGGCGCCGAUGUGAAUGCGCAGGGGGGGUGUUACGGCAAUGCGCUCGAGGCUGCUUCAAUUCAAGGCCACAACAAGGUCGUGCAGCUGCUGCUAGAGAAAGGCGCCGAUGUGAAUGCGCAGGGCGGCCGCUAUGGCAAUGCGCUCCAGGCUGCUUCUCAUGAAGGCGACAAGGAGGGCGGGUAUUACGGCAAUGCGCUCCAGGCUGCUUCUCGCCAUGGCCACAAGGAGGUCGUGCAGCUGCUACUAGAGAAAGGCGCUGAUUACUUAGAAAGACUAGAUUUCUGA